CAGAGAGAUGCUUUGCCUCCCAACCGUAACAACGCGGCGCCCAGUAACACCUCCGCGUUUACACUAAACCAGCUACAGUAGCAGUACUAGUAACACUAGCACAUCGCAGCGCAGCGCCGAAUCUCCGGAAGCGGCUGCCUGCCUUUUCUUUCUUUCUUUCUAUCUUUUGUCAGCAGCCAUUGCCAGCCAGCUGCACUUGCACUCGGCCAGCCCCCUCCGCGUAUAAGUUCGUUUCUUGCUUUGGCCACUUCCGCCACGAUCCCUUCUCCCUCUCCAGAUCCAUUCCUCUCCCAGCCCCAGGCAUCGCUCAUCUCCCCCGUUGGGACGGAGAUAGCUUGGAAGGGCAGGGAGCCAUGGGUUCUUGGCCCCUUCUUGCCCUGGUCCUCGGGUUCUUGGCGGGGAUAGCGCGCGGCUCCGAGCCGUGGUCGAACGGCACGCAGGUCUACUCCACCAAUGCCAACUCCGGCAGCGGCAGCAACGGCGCCUUCGUCGCCCUCACCCUCAUCCAGUCCGCAGCCGCCAAGGGAGCCGUAUGCUUGGAUGGAAGCUUACCGGGUUACCACCUACACCGGGGAUCUGGAUCAGGGUCAAACAAUUGGCUUGUCAAUCUGGAGGGUGGAGGAUGGUGCAAUGAUGUUAAAAGCUGCGUGUUCCGCAAGGGCAGUCGGCGUGGGUCAUCAAACCACAUGGAGAGGCAACUCCAGUUUACAGGCAUAAUGAGUAACAGACCUGAAGAAAAUCCUGAUUUCUACAACUGGAACAGAGUGAAGGUUCGGUAUUGUGAUGGUGGAUCCUUCACCGGUGAUGGGGCUGACGCGGCUUCAGGCCUUUAUUUCCGCGGUCAGCGUAUUUGGCAGGCUGCUAUCGAUGACUUAAUGGCCCAAGGAAUGCGUUCUGCUAGUCAGGCCCUUCUUUCGGGAUGCUCUGCUGGGGGUGCUUCUGCCAUACUUCACUGUGAUGAGUUCCGUGGAAUGUUUCCAUCAAAUACCAGAGUCAAGUGCCUCGCUGAUGCUGGAAUGUUCCUUGACUCUGUUGAUAUUGCUGGUCGUCGAGAAAUGAGAGACGUAUUCAAUGGCAUUGUGAGAUUGCAGGCUUCUGGAAGAAGCUUGCCUCGGUCUUGUACCUCUCGCAUGGAUAAAACCUCAUGCUUUUUUCCGCAGAACGUGUUGCCAAACAUUCAAACUCCGACUUUUAUCUUGAACACUGCUUAUGAUGUGUGGCAGCUUCAAGAAAGUCUGGCUCCCAGAACGGCUGAUCCCCGGGGUCUAUGGCAAAGUUGCAAGCAGAAUUACGCCUCUUGCAAUAGCAAUCAACUUCAGUUUUUAAAUGGCUUUAGGAAUGAAAUGCUUAACGCUGUGAAGGGUUUCUCCGGGUCAGGGCAGAAUGGGGUAUUCAUCAACUCUUGUUUCGCGCAUUGCCAGAGCGAGAGACAGGAUACAUGGUACUCGAGCAACUCCCCUCGUCUUGGCAACAAGAGAAUCGCAGAAGCGGUCGGUGACUGGUUCUUCGAGAGGGGCAACGCCAAGUACACCGACUGCGCGUACCCUUGCGACGGCACGUGCCAUCACCUUGUGUUCAAGGGGAGGCAUCUCUAAUACGAUCAUAUCCUUUGAUACCAGCAGCCCAGUGAGUGGGCACAACCGAAAAGGAAGGUAUAGAUAGAAGAAGAUGGGUGCAAGUUGGUGGCUUGCCCGGCGUCCAUCGCCUGAGAUAAGAUAUGAUAGGGCAGGACCUCGCACGCAAACGCAGCGAGGCCCUCUGCGUUAUUUUAGUUUCACGUAUCGUCGAUUCUUUCCAUUGCCAAUUGCUAUUCGCUCGAUAUAUCUGAACAUUUGGACCACACUGGUGUAUAACCUUACAUAUUCAUGUAUUGAAUGUGAUAAUAUGAAAUUAUGAAUAAUGUGCUUAGUUCA